AUGUGCAGAGAAAGAAAUCGAGAGUUAAUUAUUAGCGAAAAUAUACGCAACCACACGAGAGCAAAACAAAAGGAUGAAAGAAAUAUCAGUUCCGUUUCUGGAACUCGAGAGGUUGACUAUUCCGCGAAACAUAUAAAUAGUUCCUGGGACAAUCCUGAGAGCAGUUUUUUAAGGUGUGAUGCCGAGGGAACUACCAGCAGAAGGAUAGAUACUGAUGAAAAUUUUUGUUACUUAGUAGAGACACAGAUCAAGGAGAGCUUCUGUCAAGUUGAAGACGGCUUGACGGCUUUGUUAGCAAAGUGUUUGGAAUCAGACUCAAAGAAUGCAGUGCUUAGUUCUCAUCUGCUUAAACUGAGACAAGAAGCAAGGGAGGUUCUGUAUGGUGGUUUUGGGUUUAUACCCGAUAUUUCUUCCUUACAAAGAUGGCUUGAAAUUGCUUGGGAAAGAGGAGUCGUAAACAUUCUAGCAUUCCCGUUGGCAAAUAUAAAGGGUGAUCAGGUUCUUAUUGACUGGGUUUGGAAUUACGUUUCUGGCUACAAUCCCAUCCAAUAUGGCAAUCAGCGUGCUGUUUUCAGUGGGAAACCAUAA